GACACAACCGAUGACAAAAGUGCCAAUUUAUUGGGCGAGUCUGUUAUUUACGAUGAGUUGGAAGAGCAAUCGAAGCAAACAGGCAUUACCAAUCAGUCGCUGUUAUCACGUCGUUUUUCGGCACGUGGAACGAAGAAAAAGGUAGUGGCUAAUCGUUUUCGACCAGUGAUUUACUCGGAAGGCGAACUGGAAAAUUCAGAUCUUUCGCAGCCUCCAUCAAGGUCAUUUUCAGUUGCUUUUCGAAGUAGGGGAUUUUACCGUGAAGGAUUUUUGCCUAAUAUGAAGCUGUUCGUAUUUUUAAUAUGUAUUCGUAAGUAG